AAAGUGAGCUGCCGGAGAGACCCUGACAGCUUGUGGAUCCGCAUUUCCUCAGCGGACCGGCGGAGGAGUCGCUGGCCGAUUUCUCUUCCGCAUUAAGUGUCCCGCAGACGUCAUCAGGAGGACGAUAACCAGGAUCAUCUAGAAGCAAAAUAAAAUCAUUUACUGGUCGUUUUUUGGGAGGAUUGAAAGAAACACUGAAGAGAAAAACGCAUUUAUUAAAAGUAGAGGACGUAUCCUUUACUGCCUCUAGAUGCUUUUUUACAACGAAUAAUUUGCAUUUUCUUCAUCAGACGGUCGACUGUUAAUCAUUGAAAUACAUUCAAAGAGCAAUUUAAAAGAGAAAAAACGUGUACUACUUUUUAACGUUUGACUGGAAAUUCCAAGCCCGAGACUGCUGUUGUGUUCCUGAGAUAUUUUCAAGUUGUAGCUUGCUUGUCUGGAGGCAUUCUGUGCAGUGCAGCUGAAGUGGGUAAAGCGCUCUUGGGAAAGAAUUAUGCGUGGGAUCUGAGAUCAAGUAUUCCGUUGGUGUGGGACAACUAAAACAAUGGCGCUUAACUUACCUGCGCCCCGGCUAAAUACUUAAAAAGUUGUAACUCGCGGCGGAAAACGAAUACAAGAAGCCAGCGACUUUUCGAAGGCUUUCAUUUCGUUCUGAAUCGCUAGCGCCGUGUCAGCUACUUCCAUGGAGAUUGGCUCGUCUCAGCCCGGCGCGGAAUCGGGAGGGGAUCAUGCUACGGGUAAUGCUACGGGGACCGGAGAAAGAGCUGAAAUCAACAGUCCAUGCCCCCCGUCAAAGCAGAGGUCACUACGCGUGGUGUACGUUCUCAACGACGGAUUGAAAGCGGUGGCUGCCAACAGUCCGGAAUCGGGAGCCUUGCAGUGUUUACAGAGGGCAUGCGAUGCAGAGAGCGCUAUCCUGGCAACUGUCACCUUCGGUCGCCUAGACUUCGGGGAGACCUCCGUGCUGGACACCUUUUAUGAUGCAGAUAUUGCUGUGGUGGACAUGAGUGAUGUGUUCAGGCAGCCAUCACUGUUUUAUCACCUUGGAGUGCGAGAAAGUUUUGACAUGGCAAAUAAUGUCAUCCUUUACCAUGACACUGACCCUGACACUUCUCAGUCACUUAAGGAUAUGGUCUCUCAGAAAAACACAGCGGCAGGUUCAAGUCCCGCAGGCUUCUCGUGGGUCCAUGUGCCUCCUGAGUAUCAUAAUUGUUUUCGAGGCAAAGCAUCUAGUGGAAAUUAUUAUUUUAUUCCAUAUGUGAUGACUCCAAACAAUGAAUACAUGUGUUGUGAGAAUGAUGCACAGAGGAGAGCUUCAGAGUACAUGCAGCCAAGUUGGGAUAAUUUACUGGGACCACUGUGCUUACCGCUCAUGGACAGAUUCAUCAGUCUUUUAAAGGAUAUUCAUGUAACCUCCUGCGCCUCUUACAAAGAUACUUUAUUGAAUGAUAUAAGGAAAGCCAGAGACAAAUAUCAAGGAGAGGAACUUGCCAAAGAGCUUUCAAGAAUUAAGCUGAGGAUAGAUAAUACAGAAGUUCUUACUCAAGACAUUGUUAUGAAUCUGCUCUUUUCAUACAGAGAUAUACAGGACUAUGAUGCUAUGGUUAAGCUGGUGGAGACUCUGGAGAUGCUUCCCACCUGUGACUUGGCUACUCAGUACAUGAUUCAGUUUCACUACGCAUUUGCCCUCAACAGGAGGAACAGCCCAGGCGAUAGAGAGAAAGCUCUGCGUGUCAUGCUACAAGUCUUACAGUCCUGUGAUCACCCAGCCCCUGAUAUGUUUUGCCUUUGUGGAAGGAUCUAUAAGGACAUUUUCCUUGACUCAGACUGUAAAGAUACCAAAAACAGGGACAAUGCUAUUCAGUGGUAUCGUAAAGGAUUUGAACUACAGCCAACUUUGUAUUCAGGAAUAAAUCUGGCUGUGCUGCUCAUUGUUGCUGGUCAGCAAUUUGAAAGCUCAAUGGAACUUCGAAAGAUAGGAGUGCGGUUGAACAGUCUUUUGGGCAGAAAAGGAAGCCUGGAGAAAAUGAACAAUUACUGGGAUGUUGGUCAGUUUUUCACUGUCAGCAUGUUAGCAAAUGAUAUCUCCAAAGCUGUACAGGCAGCAGAGAAACUGUUUAAAUUAAAACCUCCAGUCUGGUACCUUCGUUCUGUUGUUCAGAACCUACAGCUAAUUCAACGCUUCAAGAAACAAAAUACAGAACAUUCUCCUCAGAAGGAGCGCCUUAGUUUUUGGAUGGAUAUCAUAGUGGAGGCAACCAAAGAAACUACAAAUGGCCUGAGGUUUCCAGUUUUAAUCCUUGAACCCACCAAAAUCUAUCAGCCAUCCUAUGUUUCAAUCAACAGUGAAGCUGAAGAGAAGAAUGUUUCCAUAUGGCAUGUGUCUCCAGCAGAAACGAAGGGUAUUCAUGAGUGGAAUUUUACAGCCACUUCAAUAAAAGGAAUCAGUAUAUCAAAGUUUGAUGAACGGUGCUGUUUCCUUUAUGUUCAUGACAAUUCAGAUGACUUCCAGAUUUACUUUUCUACAGAAGAUCAGUGUGCCAGAUUUUGUUCCAUGGUAAAGGAGGUGAUUUCAGAUGGAUCUGGCAAUGCUGUUGAACUGGAAGGUGAAGGGGAUGGUGAUACACUAGAGUAUGAAUAUGACUACAAUGAAAAUGGUGACCGAGUGGUUCUGGGACGAGGUACGUAUGGAGUGGUUUAUGCUGGAAGAGACCUCAGUAAUCAAGUCCGCAUUGCCAUUAAGGAGAUACCAGAGCGAGACAGUAGGUACUCUCAGCCUCUGCAUGAAGAGAUUGCCCUUCACAAAUAUCUGAAACACCGGAAUAUCGUUCAGUACCUGGGUUCAGUGUCAGAAGAUGGAUACAUUAAAAUUUUUAUGGAACAAGUUCCUGGAGGAAGUCUUUCUGCAUUGCUCAGAUCAAAGUGGGGCCCGCUGAAGGAAUCAACAAUAAUAUUUUACACCAGACAGAUCUUGGAGGGACUUCGGUAUCUUCAUGAAAAUCAGAUUGUUCAUCGAGAUAUUAAGGGUGAUAAUGUCCUUGUGAACACAUACAGUGGGGUUCUAAAGAUUUCUGAUUUUGGAACUUCAAAAAGACUGGCUGGCGUAAAUCCAUGUACUGAAACAUUUACAGGAACAUUGCAAUAUAUGGCACCAGAGAUUAUUGAUAAAGGCCCUCGAGGGUAUGGUGCUCCAGCUGACAUCUGGUCUCUAGGGUGUACAAUUAUAGAAAUGGCUACUGGGAAGCCACCAUUUCAUGAGCUGGGAGAACCUCAAGCUGCCAUGUUUAAGGUUGGAAUGUUUAAAAUUCACCCUGAAAUUCCAGAAUCCCUUUCAACUGAGGCGAAGUCCUUCAUCUUACGCUGCUUUGAGCCAGACCCCAACAAGCGUGCAACUGCUGCAGAUCUCCUCAAAGAUUCUUUUGUCAGGCAUAAUGUCAAAGGAAAAAAGAAUAAAAUUGCAUUUAAACCCUCAGUGUGGCAAGACUACCUUCGAAGUGUGUCUCUGCCUAUCCAGAUGCAGGGUGAGAACGCAGGUAGCAGCAGUAGUGAGCAUGGCUCAGUCUCACCAGACUCAGAUUCUAAGCAUGAUGUGUUCUUUGAAAAGAAGAAAAGGUCGAGUUCGGAAAACCUUAUCAAACCACCAAGUUCAAACUUCCUGAGUGUCCCUGAUGAUAGCUCAGUGUCAGAAGAUCGGAGUGCUCCACCUUCACCUGAGGACAGAGACUCUGGUUUGUUCUUGUUGAAGAAAGACAGUGAGAGAAGAGCUAUUCUCUAUAAAGUCCUCAAUGAAGAUCAGGAUAAAGUUAUUUCCAAUUUAAUGGAAAACCAUAUACAGGGGACUGAAGAAUUGAAGCUGUCAGUUGAUCACAUUAAACAGAUCAUCUGCAUUUUAAGGGACUUCAUACGUUCUCCUGAGCGAAGAGUCAUGGCAACCACAAUUUCUAAACUGAAGUUAGACCUGGACUUUGAUAGCACUUCAAUCAACCAGAUCCAGUUGGUUUUAUUUGGAUUUCAGGACUCUGUCAACAAGGUUCUACGAAACCAUCACAUUAAGCCACAUUGGAUGUUUGCAAUGGACAACAUCAUCCGAAGAGCAGUCCAAGCUGCAGUGACCAUUCUUAUUCCCGAGCUUCAGACUCAUUUUGGCCCAGCUUCAGAGAGUGAAGGGGUGGACAAGGAUGCAGAUGAAGUGGAGGAAGACAAUGAGUUCCAGCCAGCUGAACAAAAUACGGCAGAAGAUCCAGUACUCACGUCAGGUGUUAGCACGUUGAGUUCAGUGAUAUCCCAGGAGCCCCAACGUCCACAGCAUCCACUGGGGAUGCAGCUUGGCAAACUUAAACAAGAAACCAACAGGCUACUAGAAGAUCUAGUUCAGAAGGAGAAAGAGUAUCAGCAGCUCCUUCGGCAGACACUACAACAGCGAAGUCAGGAUAUGGAACUCAUUAGGAUCAGCUCCAAACCCAUUGAUAUCCCCCCACCUUCCAUAUUUCAUAUACCUGCAGAGCAGGAAAUGGACAAAGAGUUGGUGACCUGGCUGAAAGAUCAAGGAGCAGACAUGGACACAAUUGAAAAGGGGAGGAAUUCUGUGCAAAAUAUGGCGAGCUGUGCAGAAACACAGAAGCAAAGAACUCCGAAAACAGCAGAUGGCCAAGAAUCUGGACAUUUAAUAAGAUACAUACUGGCCUGCGCUGCUGUCAGCAGGAUGGAAGACCAAAAAGCACCAGAAGUGCUCUCUGAACGUUUAAAUGUGCCUUGUCGAUUCUGUAGAAUGAGACCCGCUGUGCCUCACGACGCUCUCGUCCCAUCUUAUUUUCUUGUCGCUUUCAUUCUCCCUUUAUGUUCCAAAAUGUACAACUCCUUGAAAUUGCAAGUCAAGCCAUUGAGUUGUGGCUGAAUGAAACAAGCUGGCUCUAUAGACACCUUCACUGUAUAGCUUUAAAAAGAAAAACAACAGCCGCCAUGACGGCUUCUUUAGAAUUUGCCAUCUCAGCCAAUUUGUUUUACUUGCUCACCGUUUUUUAUUAAAUGGCCUAUUUUUUGGUUUCAUGCAGAGAUGAUUUGAAAUGCUAAAAUGGCAAAUACUGCUGAAGCACAACAGGCCUUCUUAAAUGCUUUUCAUUGAUCUCUCCAGCUGGUCAGCUGUGGCCUUAAGAGUCUUGGCACUGAAGUGAAGGAGCUGCCAUUACCACCAUCACGCUGUGCUCUGCUCUGCUUGUGGGGUUACUGUUUGUGUUAUCAGACAAUUCAGUGUUUCAUCUAAGUGUCUCAGUAAGAACUGUAAAGUAUUAAAAACUUAAGCUUUUCUUUAUUUAGACUUUUUUUUAUUAAUGUUACCCAAGUGUUCUUUUUUUAAUAACUUGUGCUGAUGUCAUAAAAAAGCACUGAUGGCGAUUACUGCUACUGUUUGGGCGAGUACACAAAUUUGCAUUCUCGUGUUCAUCUUGUCCUCACUCAACUACACGGCCUGACAUUUUCAUCAUUCAGUUUCUACAGUAUCCCGUGCCAGAGUCGAGAAACGAGUGGAACGUCAGUCAGCGUUUACUGUAAUUCUCAUCACAUUACAUUAUCUGUACGUCUUGCAAACAACAAAACAAACAUUGGGGGGUUCAGACAGAAUACCGGUAGUUGUUUUAAAGAAAAAAAUCUGGUUCCAUUAUUCGUUAAUAGUUCUGACUAAUCAACUUAGCAACUGUUUCGGCUAGGAGUCGGCUGCCUGCUGCCACCAGCUACAAGCCAAUGGUGGCCGAUGUUCACAUCUCUUGCUUCUUUUCAUGAUUUCCACGUGCCUGUCAUUGACUGACGUAGACUGUGUGCACACACACACACACGUCACGGUGAGGCCAAGUCUCCAGUUCAAGAAGUGGACAUCUUACCCUUUCAGAUCCCACCAUUCUGCCCACUGAGUUUGCCACAAGCUCUUCUACUUUUUCAGCCUCGGGGUUUGUGGAGUAAGUGUGGGAAGACCAAUACUUCAAACUGACUUCAGUGUACAAAUUACAACGGCUGGUGAAAAACCUUCCCAGAAUAAGGUGCCAUUUACAAACAGUCUGCAAGCAAAUGGCCAGUUCCUGCAAUUUGAUGGAAUGCCAAUUAUGAAGAAACAAAGCUUCCCACUUUGCAUUGUUGUUGAUAGAAUUAUGCAAACAAUUUUUUUUUCCAUAGCCUUUGAUCAACUGUUUAAUAAUGUUGUUGUCUUUUAGAUGAUAAGCUGUCUUAAUGCCAAAAACAUGAUUGCUAGCAUACAUGUAACAAAUCUGACCACCAAAGUCAGUCAGGGUGACAAGUAAAACUAGAAGGCAGUGGGACGUUACUGCCACCUGCUGUUCACUGACACACACAGCACUUUAUAGCUCAAGAUGAGUUGACAGCACAUUUAUUUAUAAAUUUAAUAAAAAUUAUCAAGCUCUUUUUAAAUGAUUUUUUCUCAUUUUAGGAUUCAUGCCUGGAAACACUAAUCCUUUUCCAUUUGUACCUUCUUGCCCAAAAGGAUGGUUAUAAAAAAAAUGUAAAAAUUUAAAACCACACUAAAGCCAUUUUAUUAGUUCUUUUAAUUGGAAAACACAAUCCUGUGUAUAUUUAAAAACUCGACUCAUUCCGCAUUCAUCCCCAGAGAAAAUCAAUGAAAAUUCCAGAUGUCCCAUCUCAUGUUUGGCUCCACUUUUUAUCAUGUCAUCUAACUUAAAUUUUUAUUUCAGAUGUACUCUUGAAAGCUUACAUGUCCUUUCUUUUCUUUUCCAGCUACAGCAUUUAGACCGCACACUCGUAUUUGUGAAUAUUAAACACCUUCUUUGUCAGAAUGUGAUGUACUUUGUCUGCUACUGCUUUGUGAAUUAAAACCAACCAAACUGCCUAGGACUGUAAUAAAGUGUCAAAUGCAA